AUGGGUAGGCAGGCUAAAAGACGACAAGAAUUAAGCGAUAAUGAAAAUACUGAAUCAGACCCGGCUGAAGAAAUGUAUGAAAUUGCGGAUAGAAAGGCAAAAGUGGCUGCAAAGAAGAAAGCCCCAAUACCAAAACGUUCCAAAAUGGUAAUAUCUCCAAAACAACAUACACAACCAUCUAGACAUCCACCCAGACAACCCCAAGCCACAAAACCAUCACCGGCCAAAAAACCACCACCGGCCAAAAACCCACCACCGGCCACAAAACCACCACCGGCCACAAAACCACCACCGGCCAUAAAACCCUCAACAACUCAAAGAAAAAGAAAUCUACCAAAGAAAAGUCCUAGUCCAUCCAAAGAAGCUUCCACAUCAUUUCAACAUGGUUUGGAAUUUGUCUCUUCUGAAACUGUCCAGGUUGAAGCUAACGCAACAGAAUUGGAGUCAUUUGAGUGGGAUCCUACUAAAGAGGAGGAUGUGAAUAAACUAUUCAAAAAGAAGGCUAGUGCAAAGAUCAGAAAUUUUAUGACUAGGGCCAAAAAAAUUUUGAAGAAGCCCUCACACAUUACUUUAGAAGAUUGGACUGAGAUGAGGAAAAAUUUUGUUGAACCUAAGUAUUCACAAAAGUGCACGAAGAUACAAGAAUAUCGCAGGAAAUACACAGAGGACGGUGGUGCAACAUAUUGUGGAGGUUCUAUCCCGGCUAUUGAGCACCAAAGAAGAUUGGAAUCUAUGGAUAUGAAUGAGAAACAAUUAUAUAUGGAGCUAUGGAUGGAGGCAGCGGGGAAAUCCAAGAGUGGCCGUGUAUUUGGAAUAGGAUACAUGGGUAGGAAACAACUAUUUCAGAAUGGUCAGUUCAGUACACAACUAAGAUUGGAGGUAAAUACCCUCAAAGAAACGGUAAGUACUUUGCAAAUGCAAAAUUCAGAGAAAGAUAAAGAGAAUGCAAUUCAUAAAGAAGAAUAUACACAACAACAAGAGAGAAUUAAACUGUUAGAAUCCAGUCAAGUUGAAUUGGUUCAGGACAAAGUUCAUCUUCAAAAUGAAGUUUGUCUAUUGGAAGUAUAUUUGGCAAUGGAUGGGGUGACCAAUGGAUGGGGUCCAACAUAA